AUGAUUUCAGGUGACCGUCCCAUGGACACAUGCUGCCGCGACAGAGCUUGCACAUUAGUCCGGUCGACCUUCUAGGCUGCUGACAAGGCACUGGGGGCUAAUUAUCACCUGCGACAAAAACAUAUUUUGGCUUUCCUUAAUGCAAGUAAUUGAUGAAAUAACAGCCUUGGCUAUAGACUUUUAGGGAUGGGGAAAGGUUGGGAUGCGAUUGCAAUAACGGACUAAGUUGGAACGGGUAUUUUUUGUGUGUGUGACUUCAGUGCGUCAGACGUCAGUGAUUAUGGGCGAAGAAAGAGUAGUUUUUUGAAAUGAGGGGAAUUGCCACAUCUGAGCAUCGCUAACCGAGAGCUCACAGCCAGAUAAGACAACCAUUUCGUAAUCGUCAGCCUGAGAUGCACAGCUGUAGGACCCAAUCCACAUAGCCUAAUUCUUUAAGUCCACACACCACUGAUUAAGCAGCCUAACCCACUAAACCAUAUAUUGCCGCAAAGCUUUAGCGCCGUUGAUUUGGAUUUUUUUUUCAGGCGAAUACAGAAAUAGGCUAACGGUCUGACGACAAAUGAACUUGACGGUCUGGCCAUGGAUUGCGCAAGGACUUAGGAAAAUGAGUAUGUUAAAGGCCCUUGCUGGAAUAUGCUUCCUCCAUGUCACCGCAAUUGUGUUCCUCUUCAUCGCUGUCAUUGACGAUGCGUGGUGGUUCACGGACAGCCUGUACUCGGACAUAUGGGGGCGCUGGGUGAUGGAGUACAACGAUGAGGUCUGGGUCUACACCGACCUGCCCAGCUCCUACCGGAGAGACUACCUGGGUGCGGUGCAGGCCUUUGCGGUGCUGGCCUGCAUGUUCCUGGUGUUCUCCCUGUUUGCCUUCAUCUACCAGAUCAUCAUGCUGGCCAAAGGAGAGCGCUUCAUGCUCACCGGGGUGCUGCAGCUCUUCGGCUGUUUCUUCCUGAUGGUGUGUCUGUCGGUGUACACGGACCACUUCCACCAGGGGGAGAAGGACGGCUGGUACGGCUACUCCUACAUCCUGGCCUGGCUGGCCUGGCUGCUCGCGCUGCUCACCGGCGCCCUCUACAUCAUAGUGAGGAAGAACAUCGAGUAGGAAGGAGAAACACACACACAUACACACACAGAUAUA